CAGACACACACUCCUCUGGACCACAACACUCCUUUACCUGCUCCCUGUUUUUGUACAUCUAGUGUGUGUGUACCCUCGUACCACUUGUCUUUCUUACUAAAGAUGAGCUGUUAUCUCUGGCCCGAUGAGACUACAGCUCGGUGAUUAGUGAAGUAGCAGUCAGAGGCACCCAUGUGUCAACUGGAGGUGCCAGAGGCCAGACUGGGCCUGAACAGUCCUGACCCGCUGGUAAGAGAGGCUUUUCUGAUGGCCCAUGACUACAUAGACUAUGUAACCAGAGGGGGUGCUGAUGGCACCAUGGGUCCUGCCCCUACACCCUGCACAGCAGCCCUGCGCCACGCCGGCGAUGAGCUCCUCACGCGCUUUCCCAUCUUCUUCAGACGCUGGCCUCGCGUCUUUCAAGAUGUGACAGAGAACACUGCCUGUCCCAUGCUCAUGAGCAUCCUGGAUGAGCACUUCUUUCCCCCCGUCCCUGCGGGACGACGCAGGGACCUGGCCUGGAGUGCAGUGCUGUCAGUGUAUGUGCUGGCUGGCCAGAUGGCUCUGCACUGCCAUGAGAGGGGCAUGUUGGUGGUCCUGCCCCAGCUGAAGGAAUGUGUGGGGGCCUAUGUGGACAGGGUCAUCUGCCCUGAGAUACGAGACAGGGGAGGAUGGAGUGGUUUUGUAUCACGCUUUGGACAGAAGCAGGACUUGGAAGGCCAGUUGAAGAAAGCCUGUUGGUGGACACUGCUGGCACUGGCCAUAGGCAUCCUCACCUACUUCUUGUUGAAAAGAAUGGCUUAGUCAAUACUGCCACCUAGUGACUACAGGCAGAAACUCUGCAAGAGUGGGCUGCCAUAGGAAAAAUGCUGGAAUAGAGUCGACCUCUAUAGAAACUGUACAUCAGUAUUGCUCACGUAUCACAUACAACUUGUAAUUCACAUCUGUUCUGGAGGUCAGAUGUACAAACUUGUGAUGUAUUUAAGCCAUUCCAGGUCACAUGCUGGUGAAAACCGAAAGCUAACAAUGUUGUUUGUGCAGCAGUAUGUGAACUUUGAUCAGGUAUUAUAAAUUAAUCUUUGCCAUUGUAAGCUGCGCACCAAGGUUACAUGUAGUCAGUGGAAAGUACCUAGUAGAUCAGGCUUAAGCGCACUAAACUUUAUGGUUCAUUGAAGCUUUUGAGGUGCUCAGUUUGCUGUAUAUGGCCCUAUAGGCACAUCAGGUUUAACAGUUGUCAUUUUGAACUUAUUCAAGAGGACUACACAAGAAAUGCUAUGUUAAGCAGGAUACUUCUGCAGCAUUUAUUCCAAGCAAUGACUCUUUCAGUAGAAGUGUUGUUACAGCUACACUUUAUGUACAGUGUAGUAGAGCACUCAAAAUUAUACCACUUUACUUAAAACAUGAUUCUAAGUUAAUUUAAGAGGAUAUAAAAUCAUUAAAAACACAACAAACUUCAGUUAUGCUGUGGAACUUUUAUUCAGAACACAGAAAACUUGACGACGAGGGGUUACAAAUGGAAAAACUGAACAGUGGAACUUUGGAAGAACAAUUAAACAAUAAAUUUAGGCCAGGUCA